AAUGUUAGAUGUAUGUUAUAUGUUAUAAGUGGUACAAUAUACAGCAAUUUGAUGGUAUGACGUAAGGUUGUGGUGAAAAUGGCGGAACGGUGUAAGCGGUGUGUAAAUGAGCAUCGUACAAUUCGCAAAGAACUCAGCAAAUGGCACAAGAAUGUCGCCCUCCUGUGCGAUCUCACUUUCGAUUCUUUGGCUCUCAAAGUAGAAGACCUUAACAGAGAUAUUGGGCAAAAGGAAUGGAAAGAGUGGCUCAAGAAUUAAUGGGAAGCAGAAAAUGGAGAAAAUUAAUGACUCCUUUCAAUUGUAUGGAGCAAACAGAACCACAAGACUGGAGUCAAAGCAAAACGUGUUAUUUUUGUAAAACCAAAAUACAAUCUUCUUGUGACUCGACAGAUAGUGUUGUCCCGCCCUGUGAUGAGUUGUUAGAUGACAAGACAUCUAAUGACAACGAUUCUGGAGACAAAUGCUCAUUAUGUGCCGGCUUUCCGACACCAGACUCCAAGUGCUCGUGUAAGUCAUCUCAUUCUCCACAUCCAAACGACCAGCCAUUAGAUCUCAGCAUUCAUUCAAGACAUAAGGGAUCAACUAAUGGUGACUCGCAUUCCAAAAAAGCCUAUCAAAUGCGUGAUAAUAAGAAUUCUGUAAUAAAAGUACCCCAACCCUCGAAACCCUCCACCACCACCACCACUACCAAAGCCAUAAAGCGAAACCGUUUGCCGACAAACUCAACGUGGAAGCGAACCUAUACUGAAGAGGAACUGGAGGCAGCGCUCAGGGAUAUACAAAGUGGCAAAUUAGGCACAAGAAGAGCUGCCGUCAUAUAUGGUAUUCCGCGCUCUACUCUACGAAACAAAGUCUAUAAGUUAGCCCUCGACAAGACUAAUGGUAAACGUAAAGUCAGUCCAUCCGCUGCCACAGCCAUCAAAACCACAACAAAUUCCAAUACUUUUACAAAAAAGUUUUCUAAAUCUUUACUUUUAAAUCAUAAUAAAAGUAAUAAUAAUAAUAAUAAUAAUAAUAAAAGUAUGAACUCAACGCUCAACCAUAUGUUGGACGACCCGAAUAACAGUGCGAUGUCUGCGAGUGAGUCACUCAAACAGAUCCUGAAGAACGCAAUCACACAGAAGGCGAGUGUCGGCGAUGGUGUGAAUGCUAUGAAAUCCAAGUCUAAUCAUUCGGAUGAGCAGAACGUUGGGGACAUUGGGUCCGGACAGGCGUUGGCGGGUUUGUUGCCUGGCGUUGGGUUCAACUCAGUGACCGAUUUGUACAAUUGUGAGGCCUUAGCGACCAUCCAGAUGUUGUCUACCAUAGAGUGCGGACAGGCAUUGGCGCCUCUGUUCACACAAUUCUUGUUAGCAAACAUACAACAGUUAGCUUUGGCUAAACGCCAAUCAGAUGACAAUUGCGAUGAUAUGACAAACAUGAUGUUCACUCCAAACAUACCACUAUUGCCUGAUUUGAUCCGUAAGUUGGCUGAAGACCAGAUCAUACAGACGGCGCGAACCAAUUCGAGCCAAUCAUCGAACCAAUCAAAUGGUGAUAAAAGUGAAUCACACGAAGAAUCCGGUGGUAAUAACAAUGUGAUACUGAAGGUUCCGUCCUAUAAACCUAAGACCACUUCUGCUGCCGUCACCACAUCUGAACUCAACAAACAAUCAAACGAAGAGCAGCCAAAUGUGAGCACAAGUGAUACCGAAACCGGUAAUCAGUUGUACACCUCUUCUAGUCAUACAGAAAGUGAUGAACGAAUUAAUGAUGAGUUCGAAAGUAAGAGUUUCUCUUUGAAGGAUAUCAUAGCAAAGAGUAUUAGUCGACGUCUUCAUAAUUCGACCUCAAGUGCAAAGUUCUCGUCUAAUAAUGUGGUCAACCAUUUGGUCAACCAUUCCGAAGACUCCAGUUCUGACGCCUUAGUCAGUGAUGACAAGUACGACAAAUUUGACGCCCUCUCAGCCUCUGACCACAGAAACAGCGGGAAUGUGAGCGAUCACAGCAACCCCUCGACCCCCGAGAAGAGGAAUCGUCCCAAAAGAGGCAGAUAUAGGAACUACAACAGAGACGACUUGGCAAAGGCUGUCAAAGCUGUCCAAAGGGGCGAAAUGAGUGUCCACAGGGCCGGAACUCUGUUCGGAGUGCCGCACUCCACACUUGAAUACAAAGUGAAAGAAAGACAUUUAUUAAGACCUAAGAAGAGAUUGAGUGAAACGAGUGCUACCAUUAAGAAGGAAAGUGUCAGCAAAUCCAACGGAACCACAAACAGUCGUGUAAUGAACGGCUCAUCGAAUAAUUCUGCCAUAAAUUCAACAGACAGUUCAGUGCACCUGCCGUUAUGGCAGUCGGCCUUUCCCUUACUUCCGUUAGAAGUGAAUAAUUCUGGACCAAACAGUGGGAACUUCUUUGCCUCAAAUAUGAUGAGAAGAUUACAAGAAAACGCGCGAAUGAAUGAGGAAGUGGUGAAGAGUGGCAAUGAGUCCAAUGGUGAAUACGGGGGUCUAUUGCUGGACAGUCUUAUAAAGUCAUCGCUCGCUAACAAAAGUGCAAUGAAUUCGUUGAAUUCAAAGCGCAAAUUAGAUGACGAAGACAAUGACAACGACACAGAAGUGAUGAAUACGUCGUUAAAACUGUUGAAAGAGGUGUCGGCGCUCGAGAAGAAGGAUUGAGUGCUUUGGAGACAUAGGAGAAGCAAUUUAGUAGUGAAUAAGUGCCGCAAAUAUCGCAUAUAUAAUACAGUAAUAGAUAUAUGAAUUCCGAUAUUCGGAAAACGGGUGCCUUUUUGCACGUCAGAUACGGCCACACAAACAGCCGAUAAAGAUGUCGAUCUCUAGUCUAAUAUAAAAAUUUCAAGAUUUUCGUUACAUUAAACCCAAUUGUCUCUCAGCUGUGAUGCUAUUAUAAUAGUGUUUAUUAGUGUUUGCUUUUUGGUCCAAAACAGACAAAAUUAUGAGAAUAUAUGAUAGAUAUACAAGAAUUUUGUAUUUCAUGAUUACAGGAAUACAGGGUCACCACAACCUGCACUUCAAUUAGGAUUACUAGGAUUACUAGGAUUAGUGAUAAGCGAUUAAUAUAUUAAUAUAAAUAUAUUGAUAUUUUGAAUUACGAUAAUUGAGAAAAAGGGCACAAAUCUCAUCGACAUAUAUAUUAUAUAUUAGAUGAUUGUGUAUCAUAUCGUUAAUGAUAUUAACUUAACAUUCAAACAAAUGAUAC